ACAUAUUUCUUCGGAUUCAGGCAAGCAUCGGAAACUCAAAAAGUACUGCGUUGAUUUGCAGCAUCAGUCACAGAGCAAAGGUGUCUUGUUUGUUGAAAAGGCAGACAUGUUUAAUGUAAAAAGGAAAGUAAUGUUACUUUUGGGAGUUUUUUUCAUCGGCUGUGCUGGGUUAGUGAGAGGCUUCCCCCGAUAUCAUCAUAGUCAAACCAGCAAACUACAGGAUGGAGUUUCUCCCGAGGCAAAUCUGCAGGUGCCCCCCAGGGAUGGGCAUCACGCCCACGGGCCGCUGCAUCACCUGAACCAGGUGCAGAACGUGCUGCAGGCACCGCACCGCCACAAGAGGAGGUGGUCUCAGCACCGCUCCUCCGGAGUCCUGCCCAAGCCCGAGCCCGAGGAGGAGACCAAACCUUUCGUCCUGGACCUGAAGAACUUUCCAGAGCUGGCCAAUGCCGACAUCAGUUCUCAGAAUCCAAACAUUCAGGUGACCAUUGAAGUGGUGGAUGAUCCUCAGAUGGAGGUCGAAAUGGACUUGCCCAGAGAGACCAGGAACAAGUGGCCUCCCGUGCAGUCCUCUUCAUCUUCAGCAUCAACCACUUCCUCCUUCUCCUCCUCAUCCUCCUCUUCCACCUCCACCACAUCGUCCUCAUCCCCGUCGUCCACCGUGGACUGGCUGGAGGGCAAGAAGCUCUUUUGGCCACUGUUCUGGGGAUACACGGACACGGACUCCUCAAGCGAGGACGGCACCGGCCGCUCAGGCCUGGAGGACGCGCCCGAGGAGGAAGACUAUCUGCUGGAGUACGACAGCGGGGAGCCCCUGCCCAGCGGAGUGGGUGGUGGCGGCGGCGGCGGCGGUGGUGACGGCAGCGACUGGGAUAGCCACUGGAAUGAGGGCUGGGACUCUACGCAGGGCUACUACGAGAAUGCUGCUAACGAGGAGUGGAGCUCCUGGUCCCCCUGCAACGUCACCUGUGGUCACGGGCACCAGAUCCGCACGCGCUCAUGUGGCUACUCCUGCACGGCAACAGAGACCAGGACCUGUGAGCUUGAGCCAUGCCCUGAUGAUUUGAAUAUGGUGUCAGAUUUGUUCCCAUUUGAGAUGGUGAAUGGUUCCGAACCUUUUGGCACAGAUGUUGACAGUUGUGAGAAGUGGCUGAACUGCAAGAGCGACUUCCUCCAGCGCUACCUCCAGCAGGUGCUGUCAGAGUUACCCAGCUGCCCUUGCGUCUACCCCGAGGGCUUGGCUUACGCGGCGGUCAGCAUCGCCGACGAAGGCCACGGGCGGACCUUCCGCUGGCGCGACGCCAGCGGCCCGAAGGAGCGCCUGGACAUCUACAAGCCGUCGGCGAGGGCGUGCGCGCGGUCGGCGCUGUCGGGCGAGGGCAGCACGCUGGCGGCACAGCACUGUUGCUACGACGAGCGCGGGCGGCUCAUCACGCGGGGCAAGGGCGCCGGCACGCCCAACCUCAUCAGCACCGAGUUCUCGCCCGAGCUCCACUUCAAGGUGGACGUGCUGCCCUGGAUCCUGUGCAAGGGCGACUGGAGCCGCUUCCACGGCGUGCGGCCGCCCAACAACGGCCGCGGCUGCGCCGCCAACCCCCACGAGGACGUGUUCAUGAACGAGCUGGAGGAGGCCCGAGAGUACUGAGCCGCCGACACCGAAUACAGAACCGUACCGUACCGUGCCGCACCGUACCGUACCAACCCAGCCUGAAGCAACCCGACCAAACCCAACUGACCCGAGCCGGACAGAACUAUAGGAACCGCUCACGCAAGAGCUAACGGAGCCUUGAUGGAAUUGAAUUGCCAAAUCAAUCCAGACUUUAGCGAACAAUGUACAGGACAAUCUCCUCCUGAGUCAGGUGACCUCCAUCCAACCCGUUCCUUUGAUCUUGCUCAAGGCUCAAAGUGAGAAAUAACCGGCAAGUCACCAAACCAGCCCAGCCUAUAGCCUUAACCAGUCCAACACUGACUUAACCGACCACGUCCCACAACAAAGUUCCUUUCCCUUCACUCCCCCAGAAGCUGCAUACCUAUGGUGUUCCAUAUCGCAGUCCUCUCUCACACAGUGCUUCUACCAACUACUAGCUCAGAAUACACCCAAACAAGGACUUUUGUAGAUGCCUUUGUUGGUCUUGCUUCGAUCAUGCAUGCAUGGGUGUUUGGGCUUGUGAGCACUGUAAACUCUUAGAUCAUGCGCAUUAAGUUGUAACCUUGACAGCUCAUAAGCGUGACACUUUCUUGUUGUUGUUGUUGUUGUUGUUGCUGUUGUUGCUGUUGUUGCUGUUGCUUUUCUGGUGUUGUGGCUGGUGACGUGUGUAACCCAAACACCACGCAGUAACUGUCAGUGCCUGCAUGUUGUGCCCACAGUCCUGGCAAAACAGCAUGUAGAGAUUGGACAAUACUUUACCAAUGUUGGAAGUUUAACAGAGCUUGUAAUUUAUAGCUCUGCACACACUCUCUCUCUCUCUCUCUCUCUCUCUCCCUCUCUCUCUCUUUCUCUUUUUCUUUUACACACAUACACACACAGAAAGUAUAUUUUCAUAUCAAUGCCGCUGCUAAGAUGGAAAGAGAGGACAUCAGAUAUGCUAUGUGAUGUGAUGGGGUGAUUGCCACUGAUAUGUAGACGUGUACUUGAUAUUUGAUCAGCCGUGAGUCCUUUGAAGUGUUUUUUUUUUUUUUUCCAACUCACACAUUUGAAGAGUGGAAUUCCUGACGAGCCUCUACAACUCUGCAGUGGGUUUUAAAUGUUGGACGGGGGUUCCUAGCUGAGCAGCAUCAAUCUAGCCUGAUCAAACACACAAGCCUCUGUUUGUGUGACUGGGGCAAGCCGUCCGACUGUGGGAAGCUUGAACAUAGGGAAACUAUUUUGGCACAGAGCUCUUCUCUGGCCAGCCGAGCCCAACAGCGCCACAAUGUAGGAGAGGAGAGAGAGCGUUGUGUUAGCUUGUUGUCUGUGCUAAUGCUGCUGCUCAAGCAGGGGCCAUUUAAUUCGGUGACAUGACCCGCCUAGGACACGGAGGACCGUCCACUCAUGAACACAUCAAUUCCAACAUCAAAUAUCAAGAGUCCCUCUCAGAUACAGUAGCUCAUUUGCUCCACUACCGACAUACCAAUAGGAAACAAGUGCUCUUCUUUGUUCUGAAUUCUGUUUUAUUUUUUAUCUUCAAAUCAGUCACAAGCAACGGAUUGUUGGUCUCUCAACAUCAGUGCUGGAGAGACACCUGAAGGACAUUUUUUUUUUUCACUUUUAACUCAGGGGGCGCAUCUUACUACAGUUAGAGUCAAUGUACCUCUACAAUGGAGCACUAUUGUUACUUAGCAUCAAUGGGGAAGGAUGAAUGUUAGCGAGUAAUAUACAUGGCUAAUUUAGUUGGUAUAUGCGAAGGUCUCAGAAUGAAUGUUGACAUGCAGUUGAUACUAUUUGUGCAUUUACACAACGACAGUCCUUUUGCAAUCUGUUUACAUAACAUGCAGUCUUUGGCGAGCAAUUAACCUGUCAUUCAUUGUAAUCUUUGUAUAUGUUAUGUUAUAUUAUUAUAAGUAUUAUAAUGAUUAUUAUUAUUAUUAUUAUUCAUAUAUGUCAUAUACAUCGCUUGAGGCCUGUAUAAAACUUGUGGACUGUUUUGCUUCAGACCUCUCAUCAGGAACAUAUGAUUUUACGGUGUGUGCAUACAGUAUGUGCAUCACAUUCACUUACUAUGAAUGGCACUUUAUUUAAAGUAUAUAUAGAAAUGACCAUGUCUAUGAGUAUGAAUUGUUCUAUGUCUAUACAGCAGUUCUGUUAUUGUUGAAGGGAGGACUUGUCAGAACUGCUGCAUUCUUUCUUAUGAUGAAGUGCUCCACGUCAUGUAAGUAAUUCCAUUGAUUAGUGGUAGGGUUGUACCUGUACAGUAUUUAUUGUCUAUUUUGUAACGUUUUAAGCUUUGAACUGAUGCUUCUGUCCAGAUGGUGCACUACUCAGACUGAGGUCCACGGGUCAAAAGGGAAAUUCAUAUGCCUCAUACCACUUCAAUAGCAAUGACUGUAUUGUGAUCAAAAGAAAACAUUGUGCUUCAUUUGUGUAUCAUGUGCAGCAUUCUCCUGACUUUCACUGCAUUACGCAAUUUAAAGA